UCCUAAUACUAGACAGCUAAUUGUCUGGCUGGAAACCUCCUAGCCUCGGACAAGCCGGGGAAUAGAUUCCUGACAUGAGCGACUAGCACCUUCGACAAACAACGACGCACCGGCGGAUAAAGCGCACUGAUCCCCUAAGAGCGACCACCUGUUUCCAGCGCAGACCGAAAGGUGGUGUGAAGUUUGAGAAUCCAGACCGCGCCAAACUUACCAUGCCUUUGUCCUUCAGUUUAUCUCGCCUUUUCCCAUUCUCCUUCAUUUCCUUGAUCCUCCCCAUCCUCCUCCUGUCUUUCUCCAUCCCUUCUCAAGCCGACUCCCAAGAUGUGGCCCAAUCUAAAUCCAACUGUUCUCAAAAGCACGUGUGUGCAGAUGGGGUCCUUUUACCAGUCUGGAAUCCCCAGAAUCCCUCAGUUGGUGACAAAGUGGCCCGUGCCAUUGUGUAUCUAGUGGCACUAGUCUACAUGUUCUUAGGAAUGUCAAUCAUUGCUGACCGCUUCAUGACUGCCAUCGAAGUUAUAACAUCUCAAGAAAAGGAAAUCACUACAAAGAGACCUAAUGGAGAAACGGUCACCACGACAGUUCGCAUAUGGAAUGAGACUGUCUCCAAUCUGACCCUCAUGGCUCUAGGCUCCUCAGCCCCUGAGAUUUUGCUUUCGGUCAUUGAGGUCUGCGGUCAUAAUUUUGAGGCCGGUUCUCUUGGUCCCAGCACCAUCGUGGGAAGUGCCGCUUUCAACAUGUUCGUGAUUAUUGGUCUCUGUGUCUACGUUGUACCUGAAGGUGAAAGACGGAAGGUCAAACAUCUUCGGGUGUUUUUCGUGACUGCUGCGUGGAGCAUGUUUGCCUAUAUCUGGCUCUAUCUUAUCCUCUCCGUGUUUUCUCCUGGUGUGGUGGAAGUGUGGGAAGCAGUGCUGACAUUCCUCUUCUUCCCUCUCUGUGUGGUCCAGGCCUGGGUUGCUGAUCGACGAUUGCUCUUUUACAAGUAUGCCCACAAGCGUUACCGAACUGAUAAGGGCCGUGGAAUUAUUGUGUCUGAGGGUGGAGAGGAAGUUGGCAAGGAUGCAGGAUUCACAAAGAUGGACAUGCUGGAAAUUGAUGGAAUCACAACACAUCUGGAUGGAAUGUUGGGAGUGGAAAGUGGGAUCGGUGGACGUGAUCAAGAGGAGGAGGCCAGGAGAGAAAUGGCUAGAACUCUGAAGGAACUGAAGCAAAGACAUCCUGACAAGGACAUGGAACAGCUCAUAGAGAUGGCCAACUAUCAGGUUCUAAUACAGCAGCAGAAGAGCAGAGCUUUCUAUCGCAUUCAGGCGACAAGGAUGAUGAUUGGUGCUGGGAACAUCUUAAAGAAACACGCAGCAGAUCAGGCCCGCAAAGUGGUCAGCAGUGGGGAACCUCGGGAGCAGGAGGAUGACCCUCUUGUCACAAGAAUAGACUUUGAACCUGCCCUCUACCAGUGCUUUGAGAACUGUGGGUCCUUAAAACUUACCGUUCAAAGGCAUGGAGGAGAUGCUGGGUGCACUGUUAAGGUGGAUUACCGCACAGAAGAUGGCACAGCCAAUGCUGGUUCUGACUAUGAAUUUGCUGAAGGCACACUCGUUUUCAAACCUGGCGAGAACAUUAAAGAGAUCACCGUCGGCAUUAUUGAUGAUGACAUCUUUGAGGAAGAUGAAUACUUCUAUGUACGCCUGAACAACCCCCGUAUAGUUGGGUGGGCUGAUGGACAUCCUAUUACUAUGGAGACUGGAGCACCUGCUCCUAGCGCAGCCCUUGGCGAGGCCCACACGGCGACCGUGACGAUCUACGAUGACGACCAUGCAGGAAUUUUCACAUUCGAAAGUGAGUCUGUGCGAGUUAGUGAAAGUAUCGGUAUCAUGCAGGUCAAGGUCCUGAGGACAUCAGGAGCACGUGGUCUGGUGGCUGUGCCAUACCAUACAGUGGAUGCGACAGCUCGUGGAGGGGAAGACUAUGAGGAAGUGUCUGGAAAACUGGAGUUUCAGAACGACGAGACAAUGAAAACAAUCGAGGUGAAGAUUAUAGAUGAUGAAGAGUAUGAAAAGAACAAGACCUUCGGUAUUGAGUUAGGAGAGCCAGUCCUGCUAGAGAUUGGACAGAAACAUGGAGACUCUAAUGAGAAUAAGCCAGAGAUUGGGGCAGAAGAAGAGGAGGUAGCUAAGAUGGGAUGUCCUAGUUUGGGAGAACAUACCAGAUUGGAGGUGGUGAUUGAAGAGUCUUAUGAAUUUAAGAGACUUGAGUUGAUGAAGAGCACAGUGGAUAAGCUCAUUAAGAAGACUAACCUGGCUCUGGUAGUUGGCAGCAGUAGCUGGAGAGAGCAGUUCGUGAGUGCUGUAACUGUGAGUGCAGGUGACGAUGAUGAGGAGGAAAGUGGUGAAGAGCGUCUUCCAUCCUGCUUUGAUUACAUCAUGCACUUCCUCACAGUCUUCUGGAAAGUUCUCUUUGCCUUCGUCCCACCCACAGAGUACUGGAAUGGUUGGGCAUGCUUCAUUGUGUCCAUCUUUCUGAUUGGUGUCCUGACAGCGGUCACAGGCGAUCUUGCUUCUCACUUUGGGUGCACUGUUGGCCUAAAGGAUUCAGUCACUGCCGUAGUCUUUGUUGCCCUGGGAACAUCUGUCCCAGACACAUUUGCCAGUAAGGUCGCUGCCAUCCAAGACCAGUAUGCAGACGCCUCUAUUGGUAAUGUGACGGGCAGCAACGCUGUCAAUGUUUUCCUGGGCAUCGGUGUGGCAUGGACCAUAGCUGCUGUAUACUGGCGUACCAAGGGCAAAGAUUUCUACGUUGAUCCAGGUUCUCUGGCCUUCUCUGUCACAUUAUUCACUGCUUUGGCUGUGGUGUGUGUCAGUGUGCUGUUGUAUCGCCGGCGCCCCUCAGUGGCUGGAGGAGAGCUUGGAGGUCCUCGGACUUGUAAGAUAUUGACGUCCCUAUUGUUCGUCUCCCUCUGGCUGAUCUACAUCCUAUUGGCCUCACUCGAAGCAUACUGCCACAUCGCUGGAUUUUGAGGCAAUGAGGCCUCGUAUUAUCUCUGUUUGGAGAGGAAUAUAAAUAACAGCCAGUGAAGGAGAAUUAUUUUGUAUUUAUUAGAUAUUUAUGUUGAAAACUUUUAAUAGGUCUGAAAAGUCAGUUUUUGUAAUCUUUCGUUUUCUUCCUUAAAGGGAUAGUUCACCCAAAAAUUAUAAUUAUGUCAUCAUUCACAGCUUUUAUGUUAAACAGUAUUUUGUUUUUUUUUUUGAAGGGGACUAUAUAAUUUCCUCUCUUUUUUGUAUGAACUAUCCCUUUAAAUUAGGUAAAGCAGUAUUUUACACAUCAUUCAUUGUUCCCUUGCCUUACACUUGUAUUCGUCUCUCAGUGCUGUCUUAAAUCAAUCCAAGAGUAACCAAUGACUCAUGUCUUUUUUGUAUUCCUGUUUGAGCCAAUCCGAACCUUCAGUUACUGAAUGAAGGGGUUUACUUUUUUUUACUUUUUUUUUUUUUAUGUUAAGUCUCAGUAUUACUCUUGUGUAAGUGUAAUGAUGAUAUUUUAAAAGAAAUGAACACAAUGACCAAACAUGAACUUUCAAUUGUUAAGAGAAGACUGAAGAAAUGUGCUGGACUUAAUAUUGCUUGUGUUAGAAGAAAAGCAUGUUUCAGGACUAAAUAUGAAUUGGACAGAUGGUCUGAAAAGCAUGUCGAGUUCAUAAUUAAUUAUAUAUCAUGAAUGAACGAUGACAUUGUUGGAAAGUCAAACAGCGAAAAGGAUUAAAUUAGAAAAUGGACUGAAAUAAUCCUAAAGUGGACAGAUAAGCAGUGAUGGUGCUGCAUUUCAUUAAAAAUAAUUCUAUUUUAAAAUAUGUAUGUAAUGUGUGUGUGAGUAAUUGUGUAAGAGAGAAACCGCUCAACCAAGAAUAAACAGCUUAGCUGAUGUUCUCUUGAAAUAACAAACCAUGUAAUUGAUGUAAUUAGCUGUCUGUAUUUAUCUGUAUUUGCCUUGUCCCUUGAUGGUCACACUCCUUGACAUCAACUGUUCAAUAGGAGAUACUAGCCUGUUAACAAGAUGUGACAUUUGACAUGGUGACAAAUGCUCUUACUGACUGCGUUCCCAACUGUAUCACCUGAACAGCAUUGACUCCCUCUCGUGUGGUUCUAAACCCAUAUGACCCGUGAAACAUAAAAGCAAAUUGUUUAACAGAAUAUUGAUGCCGGUCCUUUACAUAAGACAAAAGCAGAAAGUGACCACCCAAAGAAAAACUACACUUCAUAUACUUGAUUCAUUCUUAUUCAAAGGAAUUAUACUUAAUAGUUUAUUUUAAGUAAGUUCAUUAAUUUAUGCAUAUACUACAGUCAGUGGGCAUGUACAUUACCUGUAGUAUAAUACUGUAGCUUUUCUUUUCUUCUUAAGACUAAAAGUAGCCACAUUUUAGUUUAUAAAAGUUUGCUUUUAAGAGUACUGUAAGUGUAGCAAAAGUAAACGCUGAGUACUAGUUCAUACAUAGUGUUUAUAUUACAAAUCUGAAAGUCAAGUCAACUAAUUUUACUAAUGUAUGUCUAGCCCAUUUCUUAGUUUUUAAAUAUGUACUUUGAGGUAUAAUGUCAAUCAUUUAUUAAGCAUUUAUACUGAAAUUAAAUAUAGGUUUUCUUUAAGUGAACUUAACACCAUUCUUUAAUAAAUAUAAUAAAUAUAAACUUUGUAUAUUUAAGUUCUUAAGCAUAAUUUUGUAUUACAUAUAUCUUGAAUAGAUAGACAGUAGAUUAAAAUGACUUCCUUAUUUUUAUUUUAAAAAACUAUCACGCUUUAAUAAACCCUUUUUGUAACAGACUUUAACACACAAUGAAAAUCUACAAGCUAAUCAUCAGAUUCAGUACAUAAGUCACGUUGACUACUUUUAUUUUUUUUUGUUUGUUUUUAUUUUUGUCAUUUUUGGACAAAAAAUAUGGGUUUAGAAUAACAUGAGGGUGCACAAGAUCCAAAACGAACUUUGCACUUUUAUUUAUCAGUGUUGGCUAUUUUAUGAUGUUUGUUGCAGUGAAUUUUCAGUUGUCUCUGUUUCAGUGUUCACUGUCUGUCUAUCAGUGUCUGACUGCUAUGUAAUUAUUCUGUGAGACAUUCAGGAAGACAGUGGGAGGGUGGAAGGCAUCGGCUCUGGCAACGUUUGAAAAAGAGAAUAGAAAAAGAGUGAAUGAGACAGAUUUAGCAGUAGCGUAGAUAUUUAACCCUCAGAAGUAGCUGCUCUCAGUCUAGUACAGUAUUCAAGAGUGAGAGAAUGUGCACCCAGAGUAUUUUUAGUAUUAUCUUGUUGCUAGGCGACCCGCCCAGAGAGUCAUUGUCUUGUCUGGGCCCUGUGACGAGUGCGUGUGUGUGUGUGUGUGUGUGUGUGUGUGGGUGUUGCUGCAUGUGUGUAACACCCCCUCACCCAAAUCUAUUUAAGGCUCAAAUCACAGUAUAAACCGUCUUUGCCAACUUAACCUCUUAUAGUAACCUAAGAUUACUGGAAGUUUUGAGAUUUGUGCUUACGCAAAGGUAAUUAUAUUGAUAUUAGUUAUGAUCAUAUAACUGAUAUGAUUGAAUUGAUGAUCAUUACUGAUCACAAGGAUCAUCUAUCAUCCGCGCAGUGAAUCCCACAUCAGACUGACAUACAACGCAAGCGUGCACAUAAUCGCUUUAUAGGGUCACUGAUUUCUCUCUCUCUCUCUCUCUCUCUCUCUGCCGGGCUGCUCUUGAAGCACAAUAAAUUGAAGUGCAAUCCAAAAUGUCACACUGAAAAACAGCUAUCCUAAUUGGAUUAAGCGGCCUGGCCAGAGAAAAAUAGAGAGAAAGGGCUGGGGAAUGUAAACACUUUCCCAUAUACACAAUUUUACACGUUUCUGAUGAAAUUGCAUGUAAAGGUUGUUGUGUUUAUAGCUGUUUAAUACGGCAAGAGAGACUGUGUAUUUGUGUUGUAUCUGCUGGCCUCUUAAUCAGUUUUGUGAUCCAGUGCAUGUCUAAGCAUCUAACAUCUGUGGAACAGAAUACUGAUACAGUAUAUACAGUAUUUAACCAUUUAAAUCACUUUUAAAAACACAGGCAUGCCAUAACAUCAAAUAAAAUAUCAAACCCAAUAAUGUGCAAAGAUAGAUGUAAGAGUUUUUCUAAAUAAUUUUAGCAAUGACCCACAUUACCCAUCACAUUAACCAUGAACAUGUUUUAUAAACAUGCAUCUUUUAUGAAAUAAAGCAAAGUCAUCUGUUUUGUUUUGUUUGAAACAUAUACUUUGGCUAUCUUCACAGUAUGCAUAAAAAGUAACAUUUUCUUCGUUUUUUUUCAUUUUACAGCAUGUUUCAUUUUAAAAAUGUUGACCUUUUUGAUAUCCUUUCAUCCUUUGAUAUCUCACUUUUUGAUAUCCUUUCAUCCAGUCAAUAAGUGAUGGAUAGAGUCCCCACCCUACAUUUUUCAUUUUAUAAGAAUCUGUUUGACUUAGAUGUUCCUCACAAUACAGGAAGUCUUCCGGUACUAUAACACUUUUUACAUUUGUUAUCAAAUGCAAUUACAUUCAUACAUUUUACAAGUGAUCCUGAGUAUCUAAAUACAUUUCUUUGCCUACAAAUAUACGGAGACAUGCAUACGUUAGGAUAAGACAGGACCUAUACUGCCAUGUGCUGCGGAAGUCAUGAUAGAACUGAAAAUUGUUUGUGUGCUAGUACAGCUUUGAAGAAGAUAAUAGGUUUCAUAAUUUUAAUAUGAUAAGUUAACAGGUCAUAUGAAGUGCCCCGAGGAAGCAGUCACCAUGUCAUUCUAUAUCACCGUGUGUGUUGCCCUUGACUGGAUUCUGUUCUCAGUGGUCUGGUCUUUGCAUGAAGCAUCUCUCCAGUCUUUCUGUUCAUUAGUCUAUUGAUUAUUCCUUCAUUAAUGGUUUGAUUGAUUUUAUUGUUAAUUUCUCAGUCUGUUUCUCAUAACGAGUGAAUCACAAAGUGCUUUUCUUUUCCUUCACGUCUCUUGGUUUGAUGCACGAAACAUUCUCCUACCCCUGUUAAAUGUUUUAGAAUGUGUUGUCCUGCAAUCUUUUUUUAAAAUGUAUUUUAUUAAAAAAAUCUAUAUUAAACACUA